AGACACUUCUUCUACUUACUACUUUUUCCUUUUAUAAUAUAUGACAUCCCUUCCCUUCCUUUUCUUUUCAUGCCUGCUAUUUUUGUCAAGUACUGUUUUAGCUGGUGAAGGUACAUACCCACUAGCCUAUAUUACAGGCCCUGAAAUUCUCGAAAACUCCACACACAUUCCUACCGGGUAUUAUACAUUUAGACAUGUUGAGACGGGAAAGUACUUACAGUUCAUUGAUUUUGACAAUCAAAUUGUACCUACCGAGGGAGCAAACUCGACUGUAUUCAACGGAACACUCUGGACAGUGAAGUGGCAUGGAGAUAAAAAUUAUUCGAUCCACCAUCUCAACAAAGUCAAGUACGACAAAUGUGUUUCAACUCGGUGGGAUCAUCACAGAGGAUUGGAUGAUGCGGCAGUGAUGUGGCAAUGCGAGGUAGACAACAUCACACGAAUCGAUAUUGACUUUGACAUAUACCCUGGAUUCAAUGGCGUAUACAACGAAUCAGCACCGCGACCGAUCCAUCGAAAAAAGCGACGGGAUCUCGAACGGCGUUAUAUCAACACUUACGAAUCGAUUCGAGAAGACAAGCAACAAUGGGUGUUUAUGCGGGCAGAUCCCUCCCAUACGCCGUUGUGGAACAAUGUUCGGUUUGAUCCUGAAACUGGCGAAAACCAUGUCACCGGGCCCAUCGCGGAGCCAGACCGUGAAAAGGAUCAGCAUUCAGGGCGCCACCAGUUCUAUUUGGUAUCUGCGGCGCAUCUGUGGAAUAUGAUACCUCGUUGCAUUUAUCCACAAGCAAGUUACGAGUUUGAUUUCACAGCCAACAAUACGGGUGUCACGGCAUUAGAUCAUUGCCUGUGGGGGAAUUCGUCGCAGUUGUGGGAGGUGACGUUGUGGAAACCAGAGUCGUUUCCUUUGGGAUUCACGCCCAAUCCGAUGUAUAUGGACGAUCAAGUCGAAUCGUCUAGGUUUUUGUUCUGGAAUGCUCAUACCUCGCCGGGAUCGACUAUCCUGUGGUGGGGAGGUCUUGUUGGAUUCUCGUUUUUAAUGUGGAUAUGGCAUUAAUAAAAGUACCCCCAAGUACUUGCAUUCAUCUCCUUAAUACGUUUUGUUUCUCUCUUUCUCGUCAUCCACCAGAUCGUAAGCAUAAUAAAACGUUAAUCAGCGUUCUCGCCUAUGCAGAAGCUUUGAAUGUAUACUAGAUUUGAUGUUUAAACAAGGUCUACUACUUGUCUGG